CACUUCCCAGAGACACAAAUCACACAAUUCCCACUUCCCCAGAGACACAAUUCACAAACCCAUCGCCGCCGCUCUUCCUCUCUUCCUCUCCGCUCUUCCUCUUCCUCUCCACGACUCCUCUUCUCCACCUCCCGUCCCGACUUCCGACUCCCAAUCCGACGGGUGACGGGCGACGGCCGCCCCGCCACCACCAAAAUCCUCUCCCGAGUUUCCGCCUCCAUUCCCGACGCGCCCUCCCCCUGCUCUUCCUUGUGUUUGAACGUUGAAAACUACUGUUGUAAGGUUAUUCAAGAACACAUUGCUGCAAAUCUCAUGCCUUGAGUACUGUAAAGGAAGAAGAGGUUGCCAAGAACAAGAAGUACAACAAGAAGUGCAAGGCGGAGGAUCAGGAUGUGUCGCUGCAGUUGAGCGAGCAAGACAGAGAGAAGAGAUGGCUGUUGAAGAUUGGAUGGGAAGAAUGAGUGAGCAGAUGGAAGCUGUUGCACAAAAAAUAGAAAUUUGGGAGUAGUUUUAUUUUAGAAGUUUGUUUGUCUGCACUUUUAGUCCUGUGGAAUUUAAGCUGCACAAAUGGUCAUCUAGUUACUGAAUACUUUAGUUACUUAAUCAUCAAGAUUUGUUUUGUUUAGGUGCUUGAUAUGUAUGGUGAGAUUUAUGCUUGA